GGCAGGCAGGCAGCGAGGACGGAGCAGCUGAGGGAGGACAGGCACGUCGUUCCCCGUGAGGUGGUGAUUAUUUCAUGUGGAAGAAGAAGAAAGCGACCGAUAGAAGCAGCGAGCUCGUCUUCCUCUGAAGCUGGUUUUAUUUAUUGUCUCCUCGCAGGAUGUGUACUCCGUGUUGUAUCUCGCAGCUGGCCUGCUGCUGUGGCUCAGCGGCCUGCUCGUGCUGCUGCAACUGCUGCCCUAAGAUCAAACAGUCCACAGGGACCCGAUUCAUGUACGCCCUCUACUUCCUGCUGGUUACCAUCAUCUGUGUCAUCAUGAUGUCCCCGACAGUGGAGCAGGAGUUAAGAGACAAUAUCCCCUUCUACAGUGAGUUGUGCGAGAAGUUGAAUGCAGGGGAGAACUGCAAGACUCUGGUUGGUUACUCUGCCGUCUACAAGGUUUGCUUCGGCAUGUCCUGCUUCUUCUUAUUCUUCUGUCUCUUCACCAUACGCGUCAACAACAGCACAGGCUGCAGGGCAGCCGUACAUAACGGGUUCUGGUUACUGAAGUUCAUCGUGCUGGUGGCGUGUUGUGCUGGAGGCUUCUUCCUCCCAGAAGAGGAAACCUUUCUGGAAGUGUGGCGCUAUGUAGGAGUUGCUGGCGGAUUAUUUUUCCUGCUCAUCCAGCUCAUGCUGUUGGUGGAGUUUGCACACAGAUGGAACACAAACUGGAGUUCAGGAGUGAAGUAUAACCGCCUGUGGUAUGCGGCCUUGGCCUUCGUGACUCUGGUGCUCUUCAGUUUCGCAGUGGGAGCUGUAGUCUUCAUGGGUCUGUUCUACACCCAUCCUGAGGCUUGUCUGCUUAACAAGAUCUUCCUGGGCAUCAAUGGCAGCCUCUGUCUUAUUGUAUCCCUGCUGGCAAUCUCCCCAUGCAUACAGAAACUGCAGCCCACAUCAGGCCUGUUGCAGCCAGGUGUCAUCAGUGUCUACGUCAUGUACCUCACUUUCUCUGCUUUCUCCAGCAAACCAAAAGAAAUGGUGGAGAUAGAUGGUACAAACACAACAGUGUGUGUGUUUCCCUUCAACUCUGGGUCAGAGAGUGACAAGAAGAUUGUAACAGCUCUGGGAACCGUUAUCCUGUUUGGCUGUGUCCUUUACUCUUGCUUGACAUCCACUACAAGGCGAAGCUCUGCAGCUCUCAGAGUGUGUAGGAACAGUGAGCCAGAGACUGAGAGAGCUCGCUGCUGUUUCUGUUUUGGAGAUGACACAGAUGACUAUGAUGAGGAGACAACAGGUUCAGGCCAGAAUGUGAUAUAUGAUGAGCGAGAGGGAACCAUCUAUAGCUACACCUACUUCCACUUUGUCUUCUUCCUGGGUUCCUUGUAUGUCAUGAUGACCGUCACCAAUUGGUUCCAUUUUGAUGACCAUAAAAUUGAGAAGCUAUUGGAUGGGAGCUGGUCAGUUUUCUGGAUCAAAAUGGCCUCCUGCUGGGUGUGUCUCAUCGUCUACAUGUGGACCCUCGUUGCUCCCAUGGUCUGCCCCAAGCGCUUUGAGGCCUAGGAUACACAUCUCUACACCACACUACUCUUAUUCCUGGGCUGUGGCCAGGCAGUAGCUUUCAGGCUGAGCCAAGGGACCACCACAUACCCCUUUACCUUGAAACACAACCCUAGACUACCCUCAGCGUUUGAAAUGGAGGAUUAUCUGUUGCCUUUUUGUUUUAUAGACUAGUGAUUAUUUUACUGUGUUUACAAUGUUAAGCUGUUAAUACCUUGAAGGUAAUUUUUUUCUUAUUUUUUUACUACCACUGACUUCUGGAGUUUUGUAUUACUUUAUGGUUUGAAAUUGCAUCAUGGGAGUUGAGUCACAUUAGAGACUACAGCCUCUAUAGAUUCCCUGAUCAUUUCAGACUUGAAAGUACAUUUUGUAAGUAUUCCCUGUGUGUGUCUCGCUUUUACUCCCAGCCAAACAUUUCACUUAUGCUCAGUUGGCCCAUAAAGUUGUAGCAAAGUUUUGGGACAAAUUUAUUUCAACUUAUAAAUGUUACAAGAGAAAUUGUAUAUUAAUUUAAGUGUGUCUUCAAGUACUAGAAUCAUUUUGUGAAGGAAUGUGGUGUAAAUUGAAUUAGAUUUGUCCCUGACAAUGUUUAAAAACUCAUCUCUCAGGCUCUCGUGUAAGCUGUAUGUGUUUAUGCUUUGUUAUAUUGCGCCUUUUGUAGAAGUUUUCUAUGCAAUGGAACAAACUCUUUUCGAUAUUAUAGACACCCAUUGUUGUGAAGCACCACUUAAGAUUUUGUUAAUCUCAGUGCUCCCUUUGAGCCAAAUCUUUUCUUAGAAAAAUUCAUAUAAUUUGUACAACAUUUCCACUCCCCAUCACAGUUGUACAAGGCAGUGCUCUUUAAAUCAGCUGGAAGAGCCCAAGUGUCACAGAUGAGGAAACGUUUGCCAAAGGUAGAUAUAAGAAAACUACAAACUACUCUAAUCAGAUUGUUUUGUCUGUUACACAGAAACGGUAAAGUGUAUAUAUAGGUAUAAGAACAUUAUGCACUUGCAUGCACACACUGACACAUAAAUUAGCUGUUUUCUGUACAGUUAAAAGGCCUUUUGCCUUGUCUUUGUUACAUGUUUCAGCUCAUAAUGGUGGUCAGAAGAAGGUAGCAUGAGUGUUUUUAUUUUUGAGUUAUUCAACACUGGCUGUUGAGUUUACUGCAGAAUUAAAAUUCCCAUUAAGACCGUGUUAGGUACCUGUGUAACAGAUUUUUUUGUAUUGUAUAAAAAAAAUUUAAAAAAAAUCUAUAUUUCAACUGCAAGUCCAUCAUCUUUCUCAAUAUUUUUUUCUGUUGUCUAAUUGUAUCCUAACAUAUGUUUUAUAAUAACUUAUAUGUACAUUUUGGCUAAAGUUGUGUGAUCUGUGGACAUUUUCAUUUUAUGCUUUAUAUACCUGCAAAUUAUGUCAUUUGAAAAAAAUCUGCAUUUUAAUUAUUGGUAUGAAUGUAGAAAAUGAAAUGGUGCUCUGCAGCUUUAAUAUCAAACUACAGGAAAAAACAAAAAAAAACAUGAAACAUUAUCCACUGUGAAGGCUGUAUACUAGCAUAACCUGCAGAACUACGUUUUGACCAAGUAAUGUGUUUGAAAUACAGAAAUGUGGGUGACAUGCAGUUGGUUCACAUUGUUCACACUCUUUCAAUAAAACAUCCAUUGA